AUGAAUCAUCCGAAUCUGGAAACAGAAUUAGAAAUAAUUAUGACACAACACGAUGAACUUUGGGAUUGUUUUAAUCAAUGGAAUGGCCCAUUCAAUUACGCAUUGAGAGUUUUGUAUGGUUAUCUAAUAACCGAUUUAUUCGAAAAUGGAAUUUGCGGUGACAGUUUUGUUUUGCACAGUUUGUGCUGCACUAUCAUGCGGUUGUGUUCUAGUUGGAUUUUUACUAUCCACUUUCACAUCUAUUAUGCAAACAUCGUUUCAAGACAUUCGAAGAUUCGCUCAAUGCGAUUUGAAAUUAGAACAGAAAUUAAAAAUUGUGAAUUUUAUAAAAAGAUUUGGGAAGGCAUCUUUAUGUUUAUCCAUCAACGGUUUCUUCGAUAUUACCAAGAAGUUUCCUGUCAAGAUGUCUAGCGCUCUGAAUUCUGUGUAUGAGGGUCUCUUAGAUUUGAGGACGGUUUCCGAGAAGAAAAGCUGUUCUGAGAUUUGA